GGCUGUUUCAGUAUCAGUUAUUCAUAAUUCUAGGAUGAAAGCAUUAUUCUUUUGGGUAAUAAUUGCAAUGUUGAGUUUGGUACGGGGCUUCAAAGACAUAAUUUGCCAUCUUGAACCAUUCGUCGAAGGUCCAUGUUUGGAAGUAAUGACCCUCUAUUCCUAUAUGAAGGUUAAAAAUGAAUGCGUAUUCUGGCAGGGUUGCUUACUAAAUGGUAAUCACUUCAGCAGCAAGGAUGAAUGCGAAGCCAAAUGCAAGGAUAAUGCAGCAUUCAGAAACUAGUGAAAAAGAAUUCCCUUUUAAGUGUUUAAAGAAAGCUUACAUCACUAUAUUUUAUUCACAGUCAUAAGCACACAAUAAAACUAAACAGUUAUAUGGUACUGUAUAUGGCAAGUAAAAUUUGGAAUUCAACAUCAAUCAAUCUCAGAACAUGCAUUCAAAUUUAUAGUAUGCUUUUCUAUUAAUAACCUUAUUUGGGUUUGCCAUGGCCGUAGACUUAGUAUACCUAAAAUUUCUUAAGUGCUAAAAUAAAAACCUUUUCUUCGAUAAUAUA